GUCAUCAGUAGUGUGUCAUUUAACUUGUGUUACCCCAUCCAGAAUUCAAAACCUAUCUCGAGUAAUCACAAAAUGGCUCAUGCAUUUAAAAACUGCCCUAAUGUAAUGGUUACCGGUGCUAGCCGAGGUCUUGGUCUGCAAAUAGUUAAGAGCCUGGCAACUGGAGGCUUUUCUCCCGGGAAGAUAAUCGCUACCGCUCAGAAUCCUGAAGGAGCCAAGGAACUGCAAAAGCUUGCAGCAGAGCAUCAAAUCAUACACAUUGUAAAACUUGAUGUUAUCAGUCAGGCGAGUAUAGACAGAGCCGCAUCUGAGGUGGAACAGCUCGUUCAAGAGGAGGGUCUGAACUGUCUCAUCAAUAACGCUGGCAUUAACAUUAUAGCCGACUUUGAGACAGUCACAGCAGAGAAAAUGUUGGAAAACUUCCAUACCAACUCUGUUGCCCCAUUGAUGAUCACCAAGGCCAUGUUUCCACUGCUGAAGCGAGCAGCCACAAAAGGAACAGGCAUGGGCAUCCACAGAGCAGCAGUCAUCAACAUGUCGUCCCUGCUGGGUUCAGUGGAACUGUACUGGGGUGAUCGAGCCAACACUUUCAAAUGGUAUCCCUACAGAACAUCAAAGAGUGCAUUAAACAUGGUCACCAGAUGCUUGGCAGUAGACCUAAAGGCAGAUGGGAUCCUCUGUAUGGCUCUGCAUCCAGGCUGGGUACGCACUGAUAUGGGUGGACCAGAGGCACCAUUGAGCACAGAGGAGAGCAUUUCUUCUGUGUUGUCUGUGAUUGGUGGUUUGACUGAAACGGAUCAUGGCUCUUUUCUCCAUUAUACUGGUGAACAAUUGCCCUGGUGAUGCUGCAGAUACUAUAGAAGCUUUAUUGUUCCUUUAGCUAUUUAUUUAUUUAUUUAUUAAAAUAUUUGUGUUGUAUGCUAAAAAAUGCUUCCUUGCAUAAUAUUCCUUUGAUAUUUUGGGAAAUAAACGUUUUAAAUGUGACAGCAAUCAGAGUGGAUCAUAUGAGUGUUAUUGUGUCUUUAGUCACAUUUAAAUCUUGUCUGAAAACUUUUAUUGUGCUGAACAAAAUAGACAUGAUUCUUAAUGUUAUUCACAAAUAGAGUUUUCCUCUGUUUAUAUGACACUUUACAUGACACAAUCAUGCUGCCUAUUUAAGAUUCACUUCUUAUAUGUGUUGAGUAAUGUAUAAAACAUGUUGUAGAAAAGUUUUAGAUAUUAAAG